AAAAUAGUUUAUAUUUCAUUUGACGUCCCAAAAAUAUACGACUGAAUUCAAACACAUAAAUAAAAACAAAAUACGACAAAUAUUUUAUGAAUUUGCAACAUAUUUCUCUACCGACAUUCAUAUGUUUACUUCCUUAAAAACUCGUCAAGUGUUCACUUUCAUUGUGACAUGGUUAUCUUACGCCUCUACAUAUCUUCUUCGGAAGCCUCUUGGUGUUAUCAAACCAGACUUAGAAAAAACUCUUCAUUUGAAGAAGUCUGAAAUGGGAUGGCUUGAUGCUUCCUUACUCUUCCCUUACGCUGUCAUGCAAAUGCUGCUUGGAGGUUUAGGAGAUAAAAUUGGUGCAAGAAAAGCUUUGACUAUUUGUUUAAUUGGUUCAGCCUUUUCAAUGAUAUCAUUUGGAUAUUGGAAAAGAUUUCUAGUUCUGGUCAUUCUCCUGUUCCUAAAUGGAACAUUCCAAGCAGUAGCUUGGCCUAAUUGUGUCAAAGCUCUCAGUUCCUGGUACUCAGAUGAGCACCGUGCAUCUAUAUUUGGUUUAUGGGGAACAUGCAUUUUUGCUGGUGGGAUCAUGGGAACAUCACUGACAGUUUAUCUACAAUUUAUAUAUUCUCCAGAGUUGGAAAAAGUCUUUUUAGUUCCUUCAUUGAUUGUUUUCGUUACUGGUUUGCUUGUCUUCCUCACGCUCAAAACACCAUCCGAAUUAAACAUUGAAAUUCCUGGUAAAAGUCAAGAGACAGAAACAAAUGUAGGUGAAGAUGCAGAGCUGCUAAGCGUUUUUGACGUUUGCCGUUUAGAAAGUGUCCCUGAACUACUUGUAACAGUGAUAUGCAUUAAACUUGUUCGGUAUUGUCUGUAUAUGUGGCUUCCAAUGUAUCUUCACGAGGCUUUGAAAUACAGUAAAGCACAAGCAGGAAUGCUGUCAACAACAUUUGAAAUUGGCGGAGUUUUAGGAUCUGCCUUUAUUGGUGUUUUUAUUAAUAGAAUCCUUAAUGGUCGUGAAAUGCUCGGAUGCUUCUAUGUGGUAUUUCUAAGCGCAAUAUCACUUUCGUUGUUUCUGAUAACUAGUACCUGGGGUCUGGUAUAUAACUUGAUUUUUACAUUAGUCACAGGCAUGUUGAACUGUGGUCCCACAUCCAUCUUAACUGGAUCAAUUCCAGCACGUAUUGGACAAAAGGUGCAUGCUCAGGCCACUGUCUCUGGAGUAGUAAAUGGUUUUGGUGGUGCUGGUGCUAUUGUGGAAGGUCCAUUAAUUGGUUUAAUAGUGGAUUAUUAUGGAUGGUCUGGAGCAUUUUAUUUAAUGGUUCUUCUAUCUAUCCUUGCUUCUCUGUCAUUAUUGAAAGGAUCUCAAGAUGUUAACACCUAACUAUAUGGAAACUUUGGGCUUUAAAUUAUGUCAAUCCAGUUCCAGAACAACGAUCAAUCAUCUCAUUUUUUCGAAAGACAAAACUACGGCGAUAUUGAAGAUGGCCUAGAACCAAUGAGCUUAGUUUAGGCCCUCAGUACUGUAUAUAGGUUGGUCCAUAUAUGGUUGGUCAUACACGAACAUUGUUUGACCGUGAAAUUUGACCGUGAAAGAAUCUGUAUUUUUCUCCGUCCCAGCGAAGCCGGUGUUCUUUCUUUGCCGCCCUGCGGAAAUGUAUUGGUAUGUGAACGAAAUUAUUUUUCCCGUGUUUUCAUGGGCCGCGAAAGUAUUCAGGAAGUGGGGCAUUGACAAAAAAAGGCCACUCUCGUAUGUAUCAGCUGCAUGUUCGCUUGAGAGAAGAGCAUAUUUUUUGUGUGUGGGGCAUGCAAGGGAGCACUGACAAUUUUCGGGCCUCAGUUUGGAGAAAAAUCCGGACCCUCAGGCUCAGGCAGACAGGCACUACAUGUACAUCAACGUCACUACUUUUGUACGUGUGCGCAAAACUUAAGUAAUUACACUGUUUUGUGAAAUGUUACUUUGUUGCUCAUUGCUUAGCAUAACAGUAAAGUAAAAUUACAAAUUUGCAAAUGUAAUACACUAACACAGAC